CCGGGGGAGAUUGGAUAUCACUUGUUAAUGGUGGCGGGAAUUGGGAAAUGCGUACAACAGUAAACCUUACUAAACGAGCUGAUACGGGUAUGAUAAACACAUCCCCAACGUCCGCUAUGCCUGCCAUUGUACGACUUCAGUAUGGAUGUGAUCACAAUAUCACGAUACCUGUCUUCGACAAAGAUAAUGACGUUAUUAAAUGCAGAUGGGCUAAAUCUUCGUUACGUGAAUGCGGUGGUGUUUGUUCCUCAUUUCCACAUUCUUGGUUAUACGAGAAAUGUGAGAUUCGCUACUCAGCAGUCUAUAAGAUAGGAUGGUAUGCAGUUGCAAUACAAAUAGAGGAUUUUGCCUCCGAGAAUUCAACAACACCACUGAGCAGCAUACCUCUUCAAUUUUUAAUAAAAGUUUUUCAGUCAUCAAAGAAAUGUAAAAACAAACCUGUGUUUUUACCACCUACAAGAGCCAAUGGUGCGUGUGUGGGAGUGUCCUAUCAUUCAACAUGGAGUGAGAAAAUAAUUGCUAAAGCUGGAGAAAAUGGAAGCAUUAGCGAGAUUAACACUGUAUCCCCUACUGGUGUAAAGAAGUCCAAUCUUAGUCGUUAUGACAACUCAGGACAUGAGUGGUACGUGAAUGUCACGUGGUCUCCGAGAGCCAAUCAAGCUGGAGAACAUCCUUUCUGCUAUACUGCAAGUGAUACCGAUGGAUUGGUUUCAGACAGAAUUUGUAUUGAAUUGCUCGUCGGAGGAGAUGUGACACCUCCAGUAAUAAGUGUUUGCUCGUGCAAUCCUAAUGUUACAAAUGGAGACAUAACAAUUAAAUACGAAUUUAAUGAGGAUGUAACUGUCAAUUGCACACUUCAAACAUUAACAAACUUCUCUAAUGUGUACUGUACCAAUUCAUCAUGGACAGGAUUGUCUUUGUCGGACGGGGUGUAUACUUUAAUCGUACAAGGAACUGAUACGGAAAACAACGCAGCUUAUCCAAAGUCAAUUAGUUGGACUAUUGGUAACUACAAAUUUAACGUUGAUUAUCAGCCUCCAUCUAUUGGACCCUUAAAAGAUAGAACCAUAAACUGCACUCAAGAAAUAAAUAUACAGAGAACAGUGGGGCCAUCAGUGGAGGAUAAAAGCGGCGUCAAAGAUUUAACAUAUAUUGAUCAGAUGAUUCCGUCCUGUAAAAUAAAUAGAACAUGGAUCGUUGUAGAUAAUGCAGGAAACCGUAACUCCAGAUCUCAAAUUUUUACAAUUAAUUCUGUAUUACCACCUACCGUAUCAUUUCCUCCCGAUGCUGUUGUAGCGUGUGGAUCACUUACUCAGAUUACAGAGGAUGUACUGAUUCCCUCAAUUAACUAUACCCAUCCCUGUGGCUUGAAUAUGUCAAUAACAUACAAGGAUCCUGACUUGGCAGCAAAUGCUUGUGGAUUUACUUUUUAUAGAAAUUGGUCUGUGAGUGAUAGUUGUAAGUUUAGGGUGGAAAGCCACCAGAAAAUAAAGAUACAAAAAGCUCAGGAUCCUAUCACGCCCAUACGUGGAAACAUUACUGAUUUGCAGCCAAUUUUUAGUUGGACACAAAAUUUGAAAACAACAAGAUAUCAGUUGUAUGUUUGGCUUACCAAUGAGAAAAGGCCUUCUUCACCAAAAUAUACAGGAUUUCAGAAUUGGUUUAAAUCCAACAAAUUAAAACCAGCCUCAAAGUAUUAUUGGCAGGUUGAUUUUCUUUCAUAUGAUAAUGUUACAGAGUAUAGUCCACGAUGGAAUUUCGAAACAAAAGCGUAUCCAGACCUAACUGUGAUACUGUUAGCGGGUCCACCCAUUGCACAUUCAGGGGAACAUAUGGACAUCACUUGGACAGUACAAAAUGUUGCUCAAGGCAAAAUUGCUUCCUCGUGGUAUGACGAGAUUUUAAUUGGAUUUAGUACAGAAAAAGCAAAUGCACGCAGAGUAGGCAGGUUUUUCCAAAACCAGAUACUUUCUAAAAACGAUACCUAUCACGGAAGAGCAAAGGUUUCUUUGCGUGACGAUGAAAUUGGACAAGCAUAUAUAUUCAUUAGUGUGGACGUGUAUAAUUAUAUACCUGAUCUAGACCGACGAAAUAAUUUCAAACGAAGCGAGCAACCCACACUCGUUCAGCUAACACCUCCUCCAGAUCUCGUUGUAAAGCGUGUCAAUCUACAGCCAUCUACAUUCUCUGGUGAAAGAAUUCAAAUCAUAUUUACUGUUUCAAACAAUGGAGUAGGAGUAACGAAAGCCACAAGAUGGACAGAUUCGAUUUACUGGUCUACAGAUGAAAAUUUAGAUAACAAAGACCUCCAAUUAUUUUCGACUUCUCGACAAGGCAGACUAUUCCCUGGACAGCACUAUUCCACAACAGCACAUGUUUCUGUUCCAAGAGACAUAUAUGGGGUCUUCCACAUCAUAGUUGAAACAGACCUUUACAGUGACGUGUUUGAGUAUCUCAGCAAAGAGAACAAUUGGCUUGCUUCUAAUAAUCUCACCGUCACUCUGACUCCUCCUCCUGAUCUUUCCGUAAUUAAUCUUUCAAUACAUCCGUCAUCAAAUCUAUCAACUGGUGAUGUUGCUGAGGUUAAGUGGAUCGUAAAGAAUAUUGGACAAAGAACACCCUACAUCAACUCAUGGUUAGAUGAACUAGCCUUAGAAAAGAAUGGAUCAAAGAAGAUUCUAGGACGUUUUCAUAUAUUCAGAACUCUUCCUCCAAAUGAAAAUUAUACUUACGCCACAAGGUUUACUGUAGACUCUAAGACAGAUAGUGGAUGGUACAAUGUAUCCUUGCAUACUGAUAUGGGGUCAAACAUCUUUGAACUGGAAACACGUACCAAUAACAUUAAAAUGGCUCCUAUUUUUAUCAGACAAGCUUUGCCAGAUCUGCAAGUUGACGAAAUGACAACAAAUCUUACCAUGGAUAAUCUAGGUUAUAACUUGCUAAAUGUAUCCUGGACUGUUCGGAACAUUGGAAAAGGGCCUACAAUAAAUAACUUUUGGACAGAUACAAUUUUUCUUAAUGAAAAAAAUAGCAAUGGUUUUUAUUCAAGAAGAAUUCUUUUGAAUACCGCUAUUCGAAUUCCUCACUUACAAUGCAACUCUACAUACACGGAAAAUGUUAUGAUAAAACUGAGUGAUAGGCUGUAUGGUAUAAAAAAUAUUUCGAUAAAUGUUGAUAAUUUUCAAGUUUUGUACGGAGAUAAUUUAAGUAACAAUGUUGCAACCCAUGAAGUAAGUAUACCACUACGAUCUCCAAAUCUCAGAAUAAUCUCAAUGACGUUAUUGAAUGGUACUCUGUAUAGUGGAAGAACUGGCGAAAUAUCGUGGACAGUAGUAAACACAGGAUUACCUAUUCCGGAGGAAAAAUUCUGGAGAGAUUCCUUAACUUUGCAUGCGGAUACAGAAAUUCCAGGACCAAAUCUACCUAAGAUAACAUCAUAUAUAAAGGGACCAUUACAAAACCGUGGUUUCUACACACGAAUUGCGCGCAUAAUUAUUCCUAAAAACUUUCUUGGAUAUCUAUCUGCCCAAAUAAUGAUAAACAACCAUUGGGAUUUGUUUGAAGGAAACAGCAAAGAAGACAAUUCAAUGACCAUAUCUAUUACCGUCUUAUCACCCCCGUCACCUGAUCUGGUUGUCACAAAAAUCAACAGUUACCUCCUGCAAGGUACACGCACUGCUUAUGUGUCUUGGACAGUUAAAAAUACCGGAAACUCCAUGAGCACGACUAUACAAUGGGUGGAUGCAGUAGGUGUUAAAUUAUCUGAUGAAAAUAAAACUUUAAUUCUAUCAAAAUUCAAUCAGUCAUUGCAACUUGAAUCCGGGGCUCAGUACACAUUAAAUCAAACAAUACUAAUACCAUCGGCAAUAAUUGGCGAAUUGCAAUUUUAUGUUGUCAUUGACGUCGAGGAAAAUAUAGAAGAAAUAAACGGCGAAGCAAACAACUGGAAAGAAGACAAUCAUAGAUACACUUUUUCUGGUAUUCCAAAAGCAAAUCUUAUAGCCACGAUAAUUUCAACAGAGAGUUGUUCAAUUGAGGAUGACGAUUACGUCUGCAUAUCUUACAAUGUUUCUAAUAACGGUGGACAGUCUACCGAAAAAUCUUCGUGGUAUGACGCUAUUUUCGUUUCUAUUAAUCAUAAUUCUAAUGAAAGCUUGCAGCAAAACCUUCACAAUAUUGCUUUGCAUACACACAUUGGAGAACUGGCCCCACUUGACGUAUACACCGUGAAUACUACAGUGACCGUCCCUAAGGAUUUUGAGGGAAAUGAAACAUUCUUCUACGUGUAUCCGGAUUAUGAAAUUCAAACUUUAUCAGAAAACCAAACUUCUGUGAUUAAAAAAGCCAUUUCCUCGGUCGAACACGUAUUUUAUGUUCCUCCAAGAAAAGCAUGCGCAAAUUUGAACGUACAAAUUUUGUCCAGAUUAAAGCCCCAAAUUGGAGGUGAGCCAAUGGGAAUACUUUUAAAUAUUACCAACAAUGGUACUUGUGACAUUAAUAGAAUUUUUUUCAUCGCUAUAUAUCUUAGUAAAGAUGUCAACUAUGAUAUGUUUGAAAGAAAAAUUAAAACACUCAAGGUAAAUAAACCUAUUUAUGCAAAUAGCACAAUAACCACUGAGACAAAGAUAGAUCUUCCUUUUAUACAUGAAACGCAGGAUUAUUCCUUGGUUAUGCAAGUGGAUUCCCGAUCUGAAAUUAUUGAAAUAGAUGAAGAUGAUAAUAUUGCUAUAACAUUUCUUAUCAUACAAAAAAAUCUUAGGACCGAUAUUGCUGUAUCAGAUGUAAGUGCACCAGCGGAAGUAGACUAUGGAAAAAAUGUCACUUUAAGUUGGUCAGUUUUCAAUGAUGGCGCUGAAACUGCACGAGGAUACAAAUGUGACAAUGUGUAUUUUUCACAGGACCAACAAUGGGAUAUAAGUGAUUAUCAGUUUGGUGAAACACAAUGUAAAUCGUUUGUUAUAGAAUCUAACAAAAACAUUUCUCAUGGGAUGCUAAAUACAUAUACAGCUCACCUGCCUCCUCUUGCUGCAAGAUCCUACAGAACAAUUGUUAAAGUAAGAACAAAUUUAGAAGACUAUGAUCCGAAAAACAACAUUGCUGUUUCCAUUAACAGUACGAAGAUUAAAUUUCCUCUAUGUGCUCUUGGGGAGAAUUUAACAUUUAAUAUUGCCCCUGGCGAAGCAAUGGUUAUACGCAUCCCAGAUGUACCUGCAGAUCGUUCCCUUCUUGUCAAAACUAGAAGCCACACAAGUGUCAUAUUUCACGAAAUUUUUAUAAAACUUGGAUCUGCGCCAAGUGAAUAUGAUUUUGACAGCACAGUUAUAGACCCAUUUCUAACCAAUCAAGAAAUAUCGAUUCAGAAUACACGAGAAGGAGAUUACUACAUUUUAGUGAAAUCACAUGAAUCAGAUCUCCGAAAUGUAUUCACUUUGAUUACAUUAGAAGCAAAGAUUGCAAAAUUUGAAAUUUUGAAAGUUUAUCCAAAAUAUGUAGCAUCACUAGGGAACGUGACCCUUAAAAUAUAUGGCACCCUUUUCCCGGAGGACUUUACAGCUUUUCUUUACAAUGAAACUUUCAAAAUUCAGUGUCAUAAGCAAUACUGGUUUUCGUCCUCCAUGGUAGCAGCCACAUUUGACUCAAGAACUUUACGAAUCAACUCCAGCUACAGAUUGAAUUUAACUGAUGGUGAAUCAAAACAGGCAACAUUACUACCGAUUGCUUUGACAGUAGUCAAAGGAAUACCUGGAAAGGUGGUCACUAAAAUAUCUGUGCCUGGUCCACUAAGAGAUGAUGAGAUAGGAGAAAUAAAGCUAGAUUUUGAAAAUGUGGGUCAAACUGAUGCUACUUCUCAAAUAUUUCGAAUACGAGCAAAAGGAGAUGGUCAACUGAUGCUAGUAAACAAGAAACAAAGCAACCGCUGGACUAAUAGUAUUACUGUAAUUGGUGGGUCAUCAGACGGGCCUGGGGGAAUUCUAUCACCUUCAGAGACUGGUCGAUUAUCCAUAAAAGUGAAGUGUGAGAGUAGACGAGUCCAAAUUACCCUUGCGAAGAUUCUUGAAUCAGAUGGGUCAAAACAUUCGUACCUGAAUAUGCGAAACAAUUUAAAACCUAAAUAUUAUGAGGAAAGCGAUUGGGAUCGGGUGUGGGAAAAUUUUAUUCAGCUUUUGGGAAAAUCAUGGUUUUCAUUGCAAAGCAAGGUGUCCGAAAUCAGAAAUGAAAUGUCUUUGGUGGAACAGCGACAACUUUCAUUCAAUGAAAUCAUGCAGCGAAUUAUCGAAAUUGCGGAUGGUGUUGGCGAAAAGCGUUACAUGGCUGAGUUUUCAGACUUUGCAAAUGUUGGUUCAUUCGGGGAAACUUUAUUAGAUAUCGUUCGUGCAUAUCCUCGGAGAAUAGGUUUAAGAGGUGUCGAUGGUGCAUUUGGAAUAGGAUGGAUAGCCUCCAUUUGGGAAUGUUAUUUGGAAGGUAUGGAUGAGGUGGUAGCACUUUUGAACUGGAAAAGAGAAGAAAUUGUAUUUACGGCAGAUACAUAUGGGAUAUAUACCAAUGAAGAUAAAGGAAAUCUCACAAUGAUUAGUGGAGAUUUGGUUUCUUUUUUGGAUACAACAACUGGAGAUGUGUUCAAUUUUAACGUCACGACUGGAAAUGUUUCUUCCAUUGUGAAGCAAAAUAUAAAGAUAAAUCUUGUCUAUGACAACAAACAGACUUUAAAAAGCAUUGCAUAUGGUGGAAAUACAUUGGAUUUUAUUUACAAUGACAACUUGAAAAUUGUAGCAAUAAAUAAAAGGGAACUAUCAGGAAAUUUUGCAACUUGUAUGUACUCCUACACAGAGGAAAACCUCCUUUCCACUGUAAACUGUGGCAGACAUGUUACAUCAUAUCUUUACAACGAAAUAGGCCAUUUAAUAAGAAUCACUGAAAGUUCUGGUUUAUUGCACGUGAUACGAUAUUCAAGUGAUGGCCGUUUGAAUGCAGUAGACAAGUAUGUGAAUGAUCGGCUCAUUUCUCGUGUAGUGUAUAAGGAUUACUUGAAUGGAAAAAUUGAUGUGUGGACAAUGCCACAAAAUAUAACAGAAUCGUACUGGAUAACAACUCACGGUCAUAUAGCUGGCUUUAAAAAGAGUUUCUUUCCUAUUCGUAAAUUUCAACGUCAGAAAGAUAUAGAAGAAAUCAUCGAAGGAGAUUUGGUCAUUGAACGUCGAAUUUCGUUUGGUGAUUUUCACGAAAUACAAGAUGGAAAUGGAAAUAGUGUUUUCUUUCAAGAGGAUGAAAAUGGAAACAUUGCAACUUACGCUGAUGCUAAUUUGAAUACAUAUUAUAUCCUACGAUCCUUAAGGGGCUAUGUUUUCAUGAUAAUGUACCCAGACAACUCCAAUGAAACUUUCAUUUAUUCUAAUAAUUCGUUAGUUCAUAAAGAUCAAAGUGGACGAAAAAUGGCUUACCACUUCGAUGACACAGAGAAACUAACAUUUCGCUACUCAGAGGAUAAAGGCUUCCUUCAUUUUCAAUAUAAUGAAAUUGGUCGUAUAAUGUCCGUACAAAAUCAAGAUACAUCUACCUCGCUGUCUUAUGAUGAAAGUGGACGCAUCACAGAAUUAAGAUCUGAAGAAGACACAAUACAUCAAACAUACGACAGCCAAAAUCUUCUGAAAAGUUUAAGGAUCUCCGGAGCCCCGUAUGACAUUGAUUAUUUAUAUAAUGAUUAUGGACAGAUUAUGUAUGUUACAAACAGGGCAGAUGAUCAGAUGCUUAUAAGAAUGACAUACGAUGCCAAUGGGAUGAUUAAACAGAAGACUCUUGGUAACAACGCGAAAACGAUUUUCACAUACUACGAGACGACAAGAUUACUUAAGACAUUAUCAAACUAUUAUCCAAAUGGUUCAAUCUCUUCCAAAUUUCAAUAUAGCUACGACCAGAAAGGACGAUUAUCUGCAAUGUCAACAGUACAAGGCAUCUGGUCAUUUUCUUAUGACUUAACUGGACAAUUAGUGUAUAUCAAGAAUCCAAUGAAUUCAACGACAACCAUUGUAUACGAUCAAUGUAAAAAUCGUGUUACUGUCUCGCAAAAUGGAAAAAAACACAAUUAUCAACGAAAUGUAUUGAACCAGUAUAUUUCUAUCGAUGGCUUAGAUACUGAAUAUGAUAGGAAGGGCAAUCUGAUAAAGAAAGGAAAUUUUUCCUUGGAUUUUAACGAUGACAACCGGUUAUCAAAUUUUACUACGCUUUCUAACAACUGCACACUUCACUACAACGGCUUUGGGCAUAUUAGAGGGAAAGUAUGCAGAAACAAUGUGGAAAUUUACCUUACAGAUUCAUUUGGUCGAAUAUUGAAACAGAGAUAUUCUCAAACAGGGUCAACUGAAUAUCAUAUAUACGAAUCUGAAGUAGGACUGGUUGCAACAAAGAGAGAUAGAGAAUAUUAUUACUACCAGUAUGAUGCUUUUGGGUCUGUUGUGGAAAUUUUAGAUCAUCAAGGGCAUACCAUUAAUACGUUUUCGUACGACGCUUUUGGGAAUGUUGCUUACAAUCAAAAUAAAUAUGUAAGUGAAUUCCUCUACCUUGGACAAUGGGGAACAAUAUCAAUUAGCGAAUUAUCAGGCAUUUAUUUAAUCGGGGACAAUCUAUACGACUCGCAUAUUGGUCGAUUCCUGAAUAUGGAUAAGAAAGGAAUAUUUUGUCAUAAGCCAAACUUAUACAUGUUCAAAGGAAAUAACCCAUUGAGAAUGGCAAACGGUAUAGAGGAUGAUAAAACAUGCCACAUGAAUGAUCCAUACUUACAUUUGAUAUACACUUCUACUAAAGUUGAUGGGUCAACAUACACAUUAAACACGUAUUCAAAAACUCACAGCAAGAACAUUAAUGGUGGAAAAAGCGUAAAAACCAUGCAGCGUCGCCAGAUACGGUCUGUCUCAACCUUUGUUACACACAGAAUCAGUAAUAUUAAUAAAGGGAAUGGACUAAAAGAUAUAUUCUAUAAUACAUUUGACAUAAAAGAUCGUUUGAAGGACAAGUCUUUGUGUCAACAAUACAUCGCAGAUACAGCACUAACCGAUGGCCUACAUUUCUUGGAAGAUAAGAUUUUCAAAUCUUCGCCUAUUGGACGUGCUCUGGAUAUCGCUACAUUUGCUUAUAAACAUAGAGAUUGUAUUUUCUCCCCCUGUGAUUGUUUGGACAAUGCUAGGCAGUCCCUGCAUAAUUCAUAUAAUGACGCAAAAAUGAAAAUCAAUUCCUUUAUAACCGAUGACAGAGCAAGAGAGAGUGCCAUGACGAAUUAUUGCAACGGAUGGAAGCAAACUUGCAUUAGACAGUUUAUUCCAAUAAACUGUGGAAAAGUCAGUCAUUUCCUUAGUGAUCAAUUUAGCCAUUUCAAGGAUGAGUUUAAAAGUAUUUCCGACAACGUUAUACCAUUUUUCAAUUCCAUGGAGACGGGAAUCGAGGAUGCAGCGAGUGUUGCUUCUGAUGCUUGCCACGCCUUUGCAAAUAUCGGGGAAGGAUUCAUACGCUGGAUAAACUCACACGAUCCUAACAAUUUAAUUGGACCGACGGGAUAUGGCGCAGCGAGAUUUAUACUAAAAAACACAGAUAUGGUCUAUAAAAUUCAGUUCGAAAAUGAUGCAAAUGCUACAGCACCAGCGCAGAGAGUAUACAUAGAGAUGAAUUUGGACAAAAACUUAAAUCCAAGAACAUUUCGACUUGGAACAUUUGGAUUCGGUAGUUUUCAAACAGAGUUUAAUUUUAGGCAAUCAGUCAUCCAGGAAAAGAUUAACAUGACGGAGGAAUUGGGGGUAUUUGUCGCAAUACGAGGAGGAUUGGACAUUGUAAAUAAAAAAGCUUCUUGGGAAUUACAAGCAAUCAAUGCCAGUACUGGAUUACCUCCCUCGGAUCCAUCAGUCGGGUUCCUUCCCCCAAACAACGGAACAACGGGACAAGGAUUCGUCACUUUCUCCAUUAGACCGAGUACUGAUGUCAAGUCUUUGGAUAAGAUAACUGCCAAAGCUGUCAUCAUAUUUGAUCAAAACGAACCCAUAGAUACGCCUGAAAUAUUUAAUACAAUAGACGAUACGGCACCAUACAUAAAGAAUUUAACAAUUGACAAAGACGUGUUGGAUUCCGGAUCACUGGUUCUAAACAUGGACGCCAAAGAUGAUGAAAGUGGAUUAGAUUAUGUUAACAUCAUGUUGCAGUCAGAAUCUGGUUAUAUCUCUUUACUUGAUGACGUCAAAGAACAGGCGGUUUUGGUUCCCUUUGAGCCAGGACACAAUCACACUUUUAUUGUACUCCCCAUAGAUCGCAUUGGUAAUCUUCCAAACCUAGAAUUAGCAGGAUCAAAAUACUCCUAUACGGUGUAUAUACCCAAACCUGAAGUACGAUGCGAUGAUGUAAACAAUUGUUCUGGUAAUGGACAGUGUCUGAAAAUAAACUACUGUCUGUGUACUAACGGGUUUUAUGGAACAGAUUGUAGUAGGACUACACCACCUUUGGACCCGCCUAUCCUCGAUGUUUUUGUGGGUAAACAGAAGAACAUAUCAGUCCCACUACAUCUCAUGUCAUCAACAAUUUCCAGCGAUAAAGAUGCCCACAUGAUCAUCAAAUGCAGCGGAUUUCCAGAUCACUCGUACUUCUCCGCUGGCAGUGUCAUUAGGAAUACCUUAUACCUUGCAGCUGGCGACUUUGGUGAUGUGAUGUACAUACCACCAAAUAACUACAACAACAGCUUCACUUUAGAUAUAACAGCACUUGUUUUUAUAGAAAGCACUUCAGAGUUUAUAGAAAAGAAAACCAGCAGAACCAUAGAAAUAAACGAAGUUGUUAGUGACGAUGAACGACAGCAAUACAUCAGGACUUACCUAAGAACGACCAAACCACCACCUACCAGUACAAUAGAAAUGUUUACCAGAAUCAUGUCCUCAAGCACGACAGCUCUCCUGAACUUCCCGUCUCGAAAUCCAUCUGAGAUAUUGCCAAAAUCAACUGUGCCGAAGUCAACCCUAACAUCGCCAGCAAUAUCGUCAAUCAAACCAAACAUGUCUAGUAGCAUUUUAUCCUCAACAACAACAGAAUCAUCAAACAAAUCUGUUGUAGAGGUAACAGCUGAUUCUCAUACGUCUGCAGUGAAGCAAGCAGUGAUCGCUGGAAUAGCCUCAUCUCUUGGAGUUUUGUUGAUCAUUACUGUACUGACAGUUUUCCUUUGUGGAAGGAGAAAAAAUAAGGACGAUCGUCCGCACCAGGAAAUGAGGAGAACCCGGCAGAUGGUGCAGGAAUUUGACAACAGCGCUAUCGAAGACAGCAACGAAGAAACAGUGAUGUGGUAGAGAGAGAAGGCGU